AUGAGUAAAAGAAGCAGGAAAAAUUCUUUAGUCAAAGAUAUUGCUUCCCAUCCAAUUGAGUUCAAUGGAGAAGUUUCCUUACCUAGUUUAUUGGAUGAUACUUAUCUAUUCGAAAAAUUACAGAAGUUGUCAUUAUCUCUCCCAACUACAGCACAACCCGUGGAUUCAACAGCUAAUGAUGAUUAUCCAUUAUCUAGCUCCUUGGUGGAAACGAUUGAUACUGUAGCCGAAACUUCACCUGAGAGAUAUCAAUACUAUAAAACUUACUUGGCGCAAUUACAAAACAAUGUCGACCAACAUAAUCAAAUUUUAAAUCAUGCUAAAAAAAUCGACAGCCAAUUCGAAGAUGUAUUUGAAAAUUUGAAUCAUAUUGCAGAAAAUACAAAUCAAUUUGUUAAAGAUACCAAAGAAUUACACGAAAAGUAUAUCAUAUUCCAUGAGAUUAGUGAAUCGAUUCCUAACAAAUUGAAAUAUUUUGACAUUUUGAAUCCAAUUAUGCGUCGUUUAAACCAUGCUAUUUCUCCAAAUAUUGUCAAGAAGGAUUCAUUCAAAAUUAUGUUACAAAAGAUUGACGAAUCUUUAAAGUUUUUAGAAUCGAACCCAAAUUUUAAAGAAUCAGAAACUUAUAGAAUUAAAUUCAAACAAUCUUUGAUUAGAUCUUGUGAAUUAAUAGCAACGUUUUUAAAAAACAUUUUGAAAGAACAACUUAAUGAAAUUAUGAAUCAAAAGUCAAUAAAUAUGCAGUCUUUCUUAUUGACAAAAGAUGCAUUUCUUUAUAAUAAAUUCGCUUCAAUCGCCGAAUUAUAUCAAAAUCAAAUCAUCGAACUACUAAGAAGAACGUAUGAUCAUAAUAAUAAUUAUAGUAAGAAAUACUUUGGGGAAUUAAGUUCAAUCUUAAAUGAUUGUUUUAAUUAUUAUUUCCAGAUUCGGUCAGAUCUAUUAAAGGAUAUUAUCUGGAAUCAAUUAGAUGAGACUAUAUUAAAAGAUAAAGCAGUACCAUUAGACCAAUUCAUUCAAGCAAAUAAAUCUUACAUUCAAGAGUUAUGUAACAAAGAAUACAACUUAUUUGCCAGAUUUUAUCCGCAAGAUCAAUACCCUGAAUGCAAAGAAAGAAUAAAUCAAUCAUUUCUUCAAUUAUGUGAACCAUUUUAUGAUUCUAUCAGGACAAGAAUAUUGAGAGAAACAAAUAUAAUAAAAUUAUGUGAUUCACUAACUUUAUUCACCCAUUAUUAUGAGUUUGAGGAAAAUUCGGCUGGAUUCAAUGAUCAAAUAGGAAAUGUUUAUUUCAAUAAAAUUUUUGAUCCAAUAGUUCAAAAACUUCAAUCAAGAUUAAUCUUCAGAGUUCAAAUGUAUGCAGAAAAAUAUAUUAUCAAGUACCAUCCAGCUAUUGACGUUUUCAAACCUCAAAUGAUUUCAAACAAAAAUAUUAAAAAAAUCGAAGACGAGUCAUCCCUUGCAUCAACCUCUCCGUAUUACAUUGAUACAGACGAAGAUGAUAGAGUUAUUAUUGAAUCCUUUAUUAAUUUAAAUCUCGCUGGAAAAAGCAAGGAAGCAAAUGUUUAUUACCCUCCAUUGAUAAAUACAGUUGCCUUAUUAUCUAAAAUAAAUGAAAUGAUUAAUUCAGUGAUAUUUGACGAUUUAGCACAUCACAUGAUUUAUGAUUGUUUGAACUCAAUAAGAAAUGCUUAUAAGUCAUCAGUAUCACAAAAUUCAAAUGAUAAGGAAAUAAAUUUGGCAUAUUUAAAGAAUUUAUUGUUUUUCAAAGAUCAAAUUUCAAAUUUCAAUAUUCAAUAUACCAUUAAUGAAACAUACUUGGAUUUUUCUGGUAUUGAAUCAUUUUUCAAAUCUGCUUUAACUAGGAAGAAAACCGUGGUAGAGAAUGACAUUCCACAUUCGUCAUUGUUUGAUUUUGCAAGAGAUUUAGUUCCAAAAGUAACUAACAAUAUGAUAGAUUCUCGGUUAGAGUUAAUUCAUGAGUUAAGAAUAACUUUGAAGCAUUUUAUUGAAUCCGUUUCCGAUGAUAUUAUCGGAGAUACAUUAAGUUUAAAAGAUGGUGUUAAUUUAUUGGCUCAAAAUAUCAAGUUAAGAGAGAACAUUGAAUCAAAAUUCCCUAACAUGAAAUUAUUAAUAUUAAGAUAUAUUACUGAUUUAGAGGUUGUCCAAAAUCUAAUUGAAGCAAUAGAACAAGCAAUCAUAGAAAAAUAUGAGGCCUUCUACGAAGAAAUUUCAAAUGAUAGCAUAAGUAACAUCAAUAAGGAACAAAUCUCUGAAAUUAUGUAUGUAGACGUCUUUGUCAACUUCAUUCAUAGUAUCACAUUGAAUAUCAUCCGAGAAAUUGAUGAUGAGCAAUCCGCUUUUGAAAAUAGUGUAAUCAUGGAAACACCAAUCUCUGCUUCUCAAGAAAAUCAAUAUCAGGACCCAAAUGAGACCGUUAUAAUGGAAAAUGGUAGUCUGCAAGAUAUCCCUCCUGAGCUGGAAAGGGGGCUCGGCUUACAACUGGAAGAGUCGUCAGUUUCUAUUGGAAGAGAUGAACGACUAACACUCGAUCAUGAUCGAAGUCAACGUGGAUUGAAUGAAAAUAUUGGACCGAAUGACAAACCUAUUCUUAACAGUACGAAUUCUACCCAUGAGAUAAUAGAUGACCUUACUGGAAAUCUUAAAGAUAAAGAGUCAAAUUUUGAAUCACAACAAAUGGAUGAUCAACAGUUACCAUUAAGCGACUCGCAAACUAAGAACCCUGGUAAUGAGGAGCAAAAUAUCAAAGAAAUUUCAAUGGAGAACAAUGGUGACUACAUUAGUGAUCGUCCUGCCAAGCCUAAUGAUGAAACUGCUGUCUCCAAAGAGGCUUCUGGAGACGAUCAAGCUGGACAAGACCUAAUAAUUGAAUCGCCAAAUAAUAAUAAUGACGAGGGUCAAAAAUUACCAAAUAAAGAGGAUAAAUCAGUUCAAGAGGUCUCGCCUCUCACUGCGUUGGGCACCAUAAAUAACCAAGAAGAACUUGACGCAGAGGCACUUGAAAAAGAAGAAAAGGAUCUGACUACUUAA